CUGCUCCCUCCUCUGAUGCGGCGAUUCAUCACUUUUCAUUCCGACACGAGACGGGGUAGGGAGUAGACUGGCAAGAUGGCGGCGCGGUGGGGAGCAGGCGAGGAGACUUUAACUGCGUGCAAUAUGGAUUUUUUCCCCAUGGAUGCUCUAGACGAGACUGCCGUGCUGAGCUCUGGAGAAACCCUAGAAGCCCUUCAGAGUUGCUUGGACCCCUCUAUACUUACAAUGUUUGAGGACACACCAACAAUAGAGACUAAAGGACUAGAUGAGGAGAGUGAAGCCACACUGCUAACCGCCCUGACUGAGAUCCUUGACAAUGUGGACGAUGAGAAUCUGUCCCCGUUUGACACACUGCCUGACUCGGACCUGCUGUCGGGUCAGAAGGGCAGGGAACACUCUCCGCUCCGAAGAUUGCUUUGUCUGUCUCGUUCCCCUCCAGAGAAGGACCCACUAUUUAACGCAAGACCCUCAUCAACUGGAAAGAGCAUCCCCAGGAUACUUGCAGACUCUUUGCAGAGAAGUGAUGGAGAGGAAGAGGAAGAAAACUCCUUCACUCUGAGCCCAGUAAGCCAUGAUUCAUCUCCUGACUGUGACCUGCUGGACUGGAAAGGUCUAUCUCUCCCACUUCCUGUCACCUUUGAGCAGGAGGAUGAAGAUGGUGUUUCUGUGAGCCUGGGGGACUUGGUCAGGCACAUGCACCCGUACUGUAUGACCAUUUGUGUGGAGAAUGCCGAUGGGGAGCAGAUGUUGCCCGAAGGAGGAAUCUUACUUGAAGUCGUAGACCAGGGGGAGAAUGGAGAGCCUAUCCUGGCCAUCCCAGACAUGAAUCUCCCGGUCUCCGUUGCACUAAAUCAGCAGAGGGAUUCAGAGGAAGCAGAAGAAGCUGCCUCCGAUAGCUCAGAGCAAAUAGUAGUUGAUGAUGAAGAUGUAACUGUCACUGAGUCUCCAGUGAAAGUUGCAACAUCUGUGACAGCAGGCGUAAAAGAUGAGAUGAUUGUAAAAAGACAGAAAGAAGAGAUCAGAGAGAAAAGUCCCUCCAGGAGAAAAAAGAAAAAGAAAUGUAAAGAGGAGCCUCAAUCUGAACCUGUGGAAGGAAGAGUCCUCAGGAGUGGCAGGGUAAGAAACACAGCUCAGGAAUCCCCAAAAAAGCCUGAAAAAAGGCCUGCAAAAGAAGAAAAACAAAAAUCCCAAAAAGUUCCUCUUGCCUCAGCUCCAGCUUCUUCCCUUAAAAAGCCUGAGAAACUUGAUCAGUGCCAAACCCAAACAAAACCAGAAAUCGCCACUACACCAUUGCCUGUAAUGAAGAAACAAGAUGCCGCAACUGUUUUAGCUAAACCUAAAGCAGCUCCAUCAAAUACCAGCACUGAGAAAAGUCAGCCUAACUCUCCUCCUGUAGUGUUGAGUCCAAAACAGCCUGAAGAAAUAGCCAAACAGCCAGCAAACAACCCUGAAGAGCUUGAAUUAUCAGCAGCUCCCUCUGCUGACCUCCCUGAAGUGUCCUCAGAGGCUCCUGCAGCUGCUCCUGCUCCUUUAACACCACCUGUAAGUGGGUCCCUCCCUCCUGCAGCCUGUGCUGUCCCAGAGCAGAAGCCUAAAUCCCUCAGUCUGGCAGAGUACCGGCGUCUCCGGCAGCAGAAGAAGCCAGCCCCGGUGGAGAAACAGGACAGCAUCAGCACCAAGUGGCCGAGCCUCCCAGAGCUUCCUAAAGAGCUCCCCCCGAUCCCCUGCCUCACCGACCCAAGCACCAAAGAUCCCCGACGACAAAACUUACAAGCAGCAAAGAAGGAAGUGGAGGAGGUCAGACCUGCGUGGCAGCCAAGAGGUCCAUGUGCUCCACCUACACCUGAAGCUCUUCUUGUGCCCCCUGCCUACAUGGUGGCUUCUUCUAGAAAGACUUCAGCUGCUUCCUCUGAGUCUAAACCCCAGCAAACACCUGAAAUACCAACAUCUUCUUCACCCCAAGCUCCCCCAGCUGCUAAUUCAGUGAAGAGUUUACCUGCACAUCAACAAACCACUGCUCAGCAUUCAGCACUGUGUGUGCAGCAGAGCUCAGAGUCUCCAGCUCCCUUGGCAGAUGAAAAAUGUUCUUCACUCUCAAAAGGGAACAAAGUAAUUGAAAGACCCCAAUCCCAGCCUGUGUCUCCAGAACUUACUACACCUUCUCCUAAAACCACUACAGAAGCGAUCAAGUACAUUGCUGCUACUGCGUUGACUCCCAGGAAGGUCACUGUUGUUUUCCCAAAGAGGCCUGAGGAUGCUGUUACAGCUUCAUUGAAUAAUAGCCCCUCAUUGGAUGGCAUGUCCUCUAAACCUACAAUCAAUGGUGCAAAGACCAUUUCUUCUCCAGCUGCUCAUCCCCCAGACUCCCAGAGUCUAAAGGCAGAACCUGUUGUGCUUGAAAAGACAGAAAAAGCCACUACAGCUCUGAAACCUCAAAGAGCAAAGAGCCCCACACAGGAGCUGAUUGAGGCCUUCACCAGUGAGAUAGGAAUUGAAGCCGCUGAUCUGACAAGCUUGCUGGAGCAGUUUGAGGAAACCCAAGCCAAAGAGGAGCAAUGUGUGCCGGAGGUCUGUGGUAGAGCAGCAGCUGUAGGAAACUCCAGUGUUGAGUUGGCUCCGGAGAAAACACCUGUGGAGCGUGUGAGAGCAAACGACCUCUCAAGUACAGCAGCUCUGACUCCUCCAGCCACUCCUCCCCAUCAGAUGUGGAAACCUCUGGCCCCUGUGGCCCUGCUGGGGAAGAGCAAGGCAGCAGAGGCCUCAAAGUCCACCCCCUCUAAGGUGAUUCAGAUAGAAGCCCGGCCUUUGCCCUCAGCCAAGUCCCGCAGCAGACCCACUCCUGCCGCUGCUACUGUAGCCCCAGAAGUGGCCUGCAUGGACCAUGACUACUGCCUUCCCAGCAAAGGCACUUCAAACAGUGAGGCAGGAAAGCGCUGGAAUGUCAAACAGCAGUCAUUUAUCACCAUUAAACCUAUCACUACACAAACGGCUCCAGCUGCCCCAGUGCAAUCUACCCACUGUAACCCAAACACUGCAGCCACAAUCAAAACCCAGGCGUCUCCUUUGAGAGAGCCUCUGGAUCACAGGACUGAUGGGAUAGGGAAGAGCUCAGUUCUGGAGACUCCUGAUGCUUCGCCUUCUCGGCUGGACACCGAUGCCUCUUUUAAAGAGGAGAGCCCCAGGAGAGGGCCUUUUGGGAGAUCCUACCGCCGUCAUGCUGCUUCUCGCACACCAAGCCCCAGAUCGAGUAGCAAAGAGAGGACUGGAGGCCGUUCAAGAAAGAGAGGAUCCCGCCGCUCUCCCAGCCCCAUGUCGACUAGUUCAGACUCGGACUCCCAUUCCUCUAGAUCUCGCUCUAGAUCACGUUCCCCUUUUAAGAAAAGGUAUCGCUCCCACAGAGAUAGAAGUUCUAGCUCUUCCUCCUGCUCCUCCUCCUCCCACUCCGUGUCCCGCUCCCCACCUAGAAGGAGAAGAAAGUACUCCUAUUCCUCCUCUCGAUCUGGCUCUUGGAGUCGCUCAAGGUCCCGUUCUCAAUCCCCUCAUAGGCGGGCACAGUGGAAUAGGAGCAGAAGAAUGCACAGUCCCUUGCAUAGGCCCCGCUAUGUUGCAAAACAAAGUGAAGAAGAGGUGAAGAGAAGCAAGGAGAAAGCCAUUGAGGAGCGCCGGGUUGUUUACGUUGGGCGAAUUCGGGGAACAAUGACUCAAAGAGAACUUAGAGAUCGCUUCUCUUUAUUUGGUGAGAUUGAGGACUGCACCCUGCACUUUAGAGACCAUGGGGACAACUACGGCUUUGUCACUUACUAUGACACAAAGGAUGCUUUCACGGCCAUCGAGAACGGAAGCAAACUGCGUAAACCUGACGAGCUGCCAUUUGAUCUCUGCUUUGGGGGAAGGAGACAGUUCUGCCAGACCAGCUAUGCUGACCUGGAUUCAAGUAAAGAGUACGAUCCACUGCCGGGGAAAGGCAAGUUUCAUACACUAGACUUCGACACUUUACUGAAGCAAGCCCAGCAGAGUCUGAAGAGGUAACAGGAGGCCUGCAGCAGGGAGCAGAUGACACUUACCUCAGAGCCAACGCUUUGGCUCCCUACCUGCAACACUGUCUUUAUGUUUUAGUUGUUGCAUAUAUUUUGCAUAUGUUUUUAUUUGUUAUUUUGUUUCUGCAAGCUAACACCUUCUAUUGAAGUGAAGAUUUGUAAUGAAAGUAGUAAAAGAAAAAAAAUUGAAUAAUGGAAAUAAAUAAUUUUUUAAAAUUUUAUUUAAAUGUAAAAUUCAAUUUGAAUUGUAUGAAGAGAAUCAUUUUUAAAAAGGGGAAAGCAUGUGGAAUGAAACUCCCUAAUGACUGGGAGAGGUUGUAAUACAUUAUACAAAUGUACUACAGACCUAAAUAAACGGAAAAAUAUG